AUGUUUGAAGGGGGGGUUCGCGGGUGUGUUUCUUUUCUUAACAGGAAGAAGAAUGUCGUCUCUCUGAAUCUAAGAGGGGUCGAUAGCGAUGCAGAAGAGAAGCUGGUGCUCAACCUGUUAGAAGAAUGCGGCGCCUUCAGUGCAGGACUUGCGAAACACCGCGUUAUGUUCUGCUCUACACAAAAUGGAGCGGUUGCAAUGAUUCGGCAGCUGCAGCCGCACGUGCACAUAGAGGAUGAUGCGUUCAUUGCCGAGCAACUAAACGGCAAAGUACGUGCAGUCUGCUCCCCUCAAGAUGGUCUUCAGCAAUGCGUGGAUGUGAUGGAGGGGGACGGCGCGAGGGGGCAGUGA